AUGGAUGUUUACCCGAUCACUCCGUUGUAUAAGUAUCAGCCCCUAUCCCGAACCCUAUUCUGAUCUGUUCGGUAUCAUUCAUUCGUUUCUUUUCUAUACUCAUUCAAUUAUAUAACCAAUCUAUACUACUAUACUCUCUAUAUCUUUCCUAUUUCAUACAUCUUUCUAUACUCAUACUAUACAUCGAAAACCGCCGCAAUGUUAAUCCCACCCUCGUCUUCCCAAUCCGAGUCCGUCAUGCUCAAACAUGACCCUCCCAUCAGCCUCACUGACCGUCUGCACCACUUCACCUGGGCCUGGUACACCCUCACCAUGAGCACUGGUGGGUUGGCAGUCCUCAUAAUCAACCAACCCAACACCUUCCCCGGCCUCCGCGAGAUCGGUCUAGCAGUCUACAUCUUCAACCUGAUCCUCUUCGGCCUCGUAUGCUCCCUCAUGGCCCUACGCUUCGCCAUCCACGGCAACCUCCUCAAAUCCCUCCGCCACGACAGAGAAGGCCUCUUCUUCCCAACCUUCUGGCUCUCCGUCGCAACCAUCAUCUGCGGCCUAGACAAGUACUUCGGCGACGAACCACAACCCUCCUUCACACAAGCCCUCGAAGUCCUCUUCUGGAUCUACUGCGCCUGCACCCUCCUCGUCGCAGUCAUCCAGUACUCCUUCGUCUUCACCUCGCACUCCUACGGCCUGCAAACAAUGAUGCCCUCCUGGAUCCUCCCUGCCUUCCCCGUCAUGCUCAGCGGCACAAUCGCCUCCGUCAUUGCCGCAAACCAGCCCCCGCGCUCUGCGAUCCCCAUCAUCACAGCAGGCGUCACCUUCCAGGGUCUCGGCUUCUCCAUCAGUUUCAUGAUGUACGCGCACUACAUCGGCCGCCUGAUGCAAUCGGGCCUCCCCUGCCGUGAACACCGCCCUGGAAUGUUCAUCUGCGUCGGCCCACCCGCCUUCACAGCCCUUGCACUAAUCGGCAUGGCGCAAGGCCUCCCAGAACAAUUCGACCUGCUCAACGACGGCGACGACCUCGCGCUUGACGGACGAGUCCUGCAACUCCUCGCCAUCGCGGCGGGUGCAUUUCUCUGGGCACUUAGUCUGUGGUUCUUCUGCAUUGCUUCUAUCGCGGUGAUCCGCGAACGACCCACGGCGUUCCAUCUGAGCUGGUGGGCGAUGGUCUUCCCGAACACAGGGUUUACGUUGGCUACGAUUAGUCUGGGGAAUGCAUUCAACUCGCCCGGUGUGCUUGGCGUGGGGUCUGCGAUGACAAUUGCGAUUGUGUGUAUGUUUUUGUUUGUGUUUGGGGGGCAUGUGCGCGCUGUGUGGAAGAAGGAUAUUAUGUAUCCUGGGAAGGAUGAGGAUGUUUCAGAGUAGUUUUUCUUUGCCGUUUUUGGCUAAGAAAAAAGUGAUUUCUGAGGCGUUUGGGAUGGUGUUAUUUGUUUCGCAUUGGUUUGAUUUGAUACCAUAGCAGGCGCUUCUUCCUUUUCCUCUUCUUUUCUUUUUGUGACCUUCCACAGUCAUUCCCUAUCAUUUUUCCUUCUUUGGUUUCGUUUCACUUUUUGACUAUUGACUUGACUACCUCUUUCUUGUUUAUUUUCUUUGUUAUUAGAAUCACUAGACUGUACAUAGCCUUGCAUUUUCUAUUGAAUACAUACGCAAUCUGAACUACACCC